UUUUUUUUUUUUUUUCCCCCGCUUCCUUUUAGAAUUGCCCCCAAUUUAGGUCUUGUGUGUUGUCUUGAGAGAACUAUCCAUCUGCCUCUUACUCUUCUUUAUUGGGAGAACUGCACCGUUACUUUUUUUUUUUUAAGCCGAGGAGAGGGAGACGGCAACUCCAAACUAACAUGGCAGUCAGACUGUGUGAUGUGGCUUCUCUGCUUAGAAGUGGUUCGUGGGCAGCAGAGCCUUGGACUGGGGUCUGUGGGAUUUUUCUUAAAUUCUCAGGUAAUUGCUGCCAUGGAAACACAACUGUCUAAUGGGCCAACUUGCAAUAACACAGCCCAUGGUUCAACCACCAUAAACAAUUGCACAUCACCAGUUGAUUCUGGGAACACAGAAGACAGCAAGACCAAUUUAAUAGUCAACUACCUUCCACAGAACAUGACACAAGAGGAACUGAAAAGUCUGUUUGGCAGCAUUGGUGAAAUAGAAUCCUGCAAACUUGUUAGAGACAAAAUAACAGGACAGAGCUUGGGUUACGGUUUUGUGAACUACGUUGACCCAAAGGACGCAGAAAAAGCUAUCAACACACUGAAUGGACUGAGACUUCAAACUAAAACCAUAAAAGUUUCCUAUGCGCGACCAAGUUCCGCUUCUAUCAGAGAUGCGAAUCUGUAUGUUAGUGGACUUCCAAAAACAAUGACCCAGAAGGAACUAGAACAGCUCUUUUCCCAAUACGGACGCAUUAUCACUUCUCGUAUUCUGGUUGACCAAGUCACUGGGGUAUCAAGAGGCGUAGGGUUUAUCCGAUUUGACAAGCGAAUUGAAGCAGAAGAAGCUAUCAAAGGCUUGAAUGGCCAGAAACCUCCAGGUGCCACAGAGCCCAUCACUGUAAAGUUUGCUAACAAUCCAAGCCAAAAAACCAAUCAGGCCAUCCUUUCCCAGCUGUACCAUUCUCCAAACAGAAGAUAUCCUGCACCUCUAGCUCAGCAGGCUCAACGUUUUAGGUUGGACAAUCUGCUCAACAUGGCUUAUGGAGUGAAGAGUAGGUUUCCUCCAAUGACCAUUGAUGGAAUGACCAGUUUGGCUGGAAUUAAUAUCCCUGGACAUGCAGGAACUGGAUGGUGCAUUUUUGUGUACAACUUAGCCCCUGAUGCUGAUGAGAGUAUCCUCUGGCAAAUGUUUGGACCCUUUGGAGCAGUAACUAACGUGAAGGUCAUCCGUGACUUUAACACGAACAAGUGCAAAGGUUUUGGAUUUGUGACUAUGACAAACUAUGAUGAGGCAGCUAUGGCAAUAGCCAGCCUGAAUGGAUACCGCCUUGGGGACAGAGUACUGCAGGUCUCCUUCAAAACAAACAAAACGCACAAAGCCUAAUAAGUUAUUCUCAGUGCAUUAAUACAUGAAAACUAUACAACAAAGGCAAUUUACAAGACGCUUUAUGCAUUAGUAAAUGCCUUUGUUGUAUGUCAGUGUGGAAAUGGGGAUAAAAUGACUACUUAGCGUCCUAAGAAUAUGUGAGAUUUUUUUAUUGCUAAUAUUUGAAUUAAAACUUCUUAAAUAACUUCUGUGUUUGAAUAUUCACAAGCGGUACAGGGUUUUUGCCUGUCACAAUGCAUACUCUAUUGCCUUCUUUGAAGAAGGUGGACCUUUUAAAAAUGUUUCAGCUAAGGGAAGAAGUUUUCAUUUUACAUGACUGCCUUUAACCUAUCCGUAAACAUUGAGGCUUUGUGUUAGACUUAAGUUGGAUUUUUUUGUUACUACUUGAUUUGCCUUGUGUUUAAUUUACAUUAUAAUGCAUUGCUGUUUUCUUGUUCAAGAAAAGUAUUUGAAGUUUACGUUUAUUUAUAAAGUUAUAAGCAGUAUUUAUUUUGUAAUUAUCAUUUGGGUUGGGGAAUGGGUACACAUUAUAAAAGCUUAUUGUAAGAAUACUGGAGAACUUUUCGUAAAGCAGUACCUUGCCAAAGAGAUAAAAGCCUCUUUGAUGUGGGUUUAAAAAAAGCAUCUAUUUUUAUAGAAAAAAAAAAAAAAUUUGGAGAAACUUUUUACUGGUCCUGGAACAAAUAUUUUGACUUGAAUACUUUGAGAAAUCUCUUCAUAUGACACCCAGUGAGCUUUUAAAACUUACCAGGAAACUUGCAGUUGUUGGGGAAAAUUUAGAAAAGAUUUAUGAUGUAGAAAUGCUUGUGAGACCUUUGUAUUGAGAAGUAGAGUCAAUGGGAUACACUGUUGGUUUCAUUUUUGUCAUCAUCAGUGGAGUCUUAGAUCAUCCUGGUUAUUAAGUGAUAGGGGGCUCACGUAAUUUGUGAUUUUGAAACAAGUGAAAAUUAAAAAAAAGACUAUAAGAGCAAGCAGGAAACUUAAAAUACUGAGAGAUGGGGGAAAAAAAAAAUCUGUUCUUCCUAAAGAAUUCCCUUCAGAUAGAGCUCAUGGUGUUUAGUGAUGUACUAGCUAUUGUUUGAAGAAUUGUUUUGUCUUAAGAUAAGACAUUGAGCACGGUUUGUGUAGUAACAAAUCAGCAAAAGUGGCCCGAGUUGGGUAUAUUUGGAGGUAUUUUGAAAGUUAUGUUCAAGGCUAACACCUGAGCUUUGUGUAAUGUAAAUAAGACCUUGAGUUUUGAACCUUUCAGCUAAUUUCAGUUUCAGUUUAUUUAAGUUACCUGCCAAGUGGUGUUCAAUUUUGAAUGUUUUUGUAUAAGUUUUUCCUUUGUAAAUGGCAUUAACAUUGUUACUUGAGGUCUGCUUAUUAAUUUUUGUUGUCCUGAGGACUUGAAUUUACAGUGCACCAGAUCUGUUGCUAUUUUUGUCUGUACAUAGUCUAGCUUCAGCUGUUUAUGGUGAUGCUACAUUUUCGUUUAUAAAUAUGUUUGUGGUAAAAAUGAGUAUAAACAUAGGUUUUGAACAAAUUUCCUUACAUUUUUCAUACAAAACCCAUAAAUACCUGUAUGCUGUUUAAAUUUGACUUUGUAUAAUGUUAAAUCACUAUUUGGGGAAAUAGGAAAAGUCUUUGCCAUGUAUUGAAAAAAUUUAAGGAAAAAAUACAGAAUAUUUUCUGAUUAGCAUCUAGCUUAUAAUUAAAUUUUUAAAAAAAGCUGGGGGUUCAAUGCCUUCACCAGGAUGCACUGACAACUGUAGUUACGUCCUGCUUUUUGUAUAAACUGAGAUGCUCAUAUGCUUCCCCUUAGAAAAAGCAAUGUUCUAUGCAUAACAUAGUUGUACACUAUCUUUGCGGUUGCUUUUGGUUCAUAUUCUUUUAAAUUGUAGUUAUAAAUUUUUCAGUAUAGUACAGUACAUCUACUGUGAAGUGCGUGCUAAAGUGAAUAAGCGAGUUUUCAUGCUGACCCACUCAAUGCUAUUAAAAUCAAUUGGCUUCCUGAGCAAUUCCUUGUUCUUAGUGCAUUUAGGUUGUUAAAGCUAAUCCUCUGCAUUAAUUUGUAUAUACUAUAGAAACCACAAACUUUCCAAUGUGGGGAAAACAGUAGCUACAUGCUUCUUUCCUAUACUACUGUAGCAACUAAUGGCAUUGAUGAGAAGGCAUGUAAAUUGGGCUUCACUUUACAGUUUAUCAGAGCACUUAGUAAAAUAUAAGGCUGGUAUUUAUUUGAAGUUGUAUAGUAUGACUUAAUUCACAUCUGUUGGGAUAGAAAAUAUAUUCUGUUUAGUAUUUAAGAGGUUGUACAUGUUUUCUUUUGUGUUUGGAUCCUUUGUACUUUUUCAUGUUCAGUACAUCAAUAAACAAAG